UGGUUAUAAAAAGACCUCUCAUCACAACAUUCACAUAUUCAACAAAACGGUGUCAGUUGAAAAUUAGAAGUGAAAAAUUUAAGAAAAUAAAUGGCAUCAUUAGAAGAUAAAUCAAUAUGGGACGAUGGAGAAGAUGCCCUAGGUGAAGAAGUACUUCGUAUGUCAAAUGAUGAAAUAAUUAGUCGCACUCGACUUUUAGACAAUGAAAUUAAAAUAAUGAAAAGUGAAGUAAUGCGAAUCAAUCACGAAUUACAAGCGCAAAAUGAAAAAAUUAAGGAAAAUACUGAGAAAAUUAAAGUAAACAAAACUUUACCAUAUCUAGUAUCAAACGUUAUAGAAUUAUUGGAUGUAGAUCCACAGGAAGAGGAGGAAGAUGGUGCUGUAGUGGAUUUGGAUGCUCAACGGAAGGGAAAAUGUGCAGUUGUUAAGACAUCAACACGGCAGACGUACUUCUUACCAGUUAUUGGUUUGGUUGAUGAAGAAAAAUUAAAACCAGGUGAUUUAGUUGGAGUGAAUAAAGAUUCAUAUUUAAUUUUGGAAACUUUACCUGCUGAAUACGAUGCUCGAGUUAAAGCUAUGGAAGUUGAUGAACGACCUACCGAACAAUAUUCUGAUAUCGGUGGUCUAGACAAACAAAUUCAAGAAUUAAUUGAAGCUGUUGUCUUACCAAUGACCCAUAAAGAGAAAUUUUUAAACUUAGGUAUCCAUCCACCAAAAGGUGUCCUUUUAUAUGGUCCACCUGGUACUGGUAAAACAUUGCUUGCUCGUGCAUGUGCUGCCCAAACAAAGUCAACAUUUUUAAAAUUAGCCGGACCACAGUUAGUACAAAUGUUUAUCGGUGAUGGUGCGAAAUUAGUACGUGAUGCUUUCGCCUUAGCCAAAGAAAAAUCUCCAGCGAUUAUAUUUAUCGAUGAAUUAGAUGCAAUUGGUACAAAACGAUUCGAUUCAGAGAAAGCCGGUGAUCGUGAAGUUCAACGUACUAUGUUGGAACUUUUAAAUCAAUUGGAUGGAUUUAGUUCAACAUCAGAUAUCAAAGUUAUUGCUGCUACCAAUCGUGUUGAUAUUCUAGAUCCAGCUCUUUUACGUUCAGGGCGUUUAGAUCGUAAAAUUGAAUUUCCACAUCCAAAUGAGGAGGCUCGUGCACGUAUUAUGCAAAUUCAUUCACGUAAAAUGACCGUAAAUCCAGACGUUAAUUUUGAAGAAUUAGCUCGUACAACUGAUGAUUUUAAUGGGGCACAAUGUAAGGCAGUAUGCGUUGAAGCUGGUAUGAUUGCUUUACGUAGAAAUGCUUCAGCAGUUACUCAUGAAGAUUUCAUGGAUGCUAUUAUGGAGGUUCAAGCUAAGAAGAAAGCUAACUUGAAUUAUUAUGCUUAAAUAGCUUUACUCUUU